AAAAACCGUUCACUCGCGGUGACUCAUCUUGACGCUGAUACACACUCUUUGGCAGCGGCAGCCUGCAGCUACGUGGGGAAACCCAAGACAGCGUUUAGUAGGUGUGUCUCUAUCACUUCUGCCACUUCUUCCAGGAAGUAGACUUAUUGUCUUGAAGUGCAGUGUUGUCAGGUGUAACCACCAGUGUCUCCAGUCUGUUCAUGGUACAUUAAUCUCUUCUUUCCGGCCGCCAUGUCGGACUCUUUGGACCGGUCCACGAAGAUCAACCUGUUGAAGGAGCCGCAGGUGAAGAAGCUCUGUGAGGUUCUGGACAAAUCCAUCAAUAAAGGAUGGAGGAAACUAGGAGACAUAGUCGGCAAUGACAGACGCUUUAAAGUCAGCUCAGACGACAUGGAGAUGUGCUCUCUGAGGGUGUUGGAUCUGGAAGGAAGCCCGAGCCGCAUGCUGCUGAGGCUGAUGGGAGAUCGAGGCUGCACCGCGGGUCACCUGCUCGACUACCUCCAAACUCUGGGAAACUCGGAGGCCCUGCAGUGCCUGAAGCCAUCAGCCCUGCAGAUCCUCAUUCAGCCCCAGUCGGUGGCUCUUAUAUCCGGCCACAACCUUCGCCUGAGCUGCCACGCUGUGGGCAAAUCUCCAGUACAGUACCAGUGGUUCAAGAGCAAGGACGAGGUUGCAAACAGCUUCUCUCCAGACCUGGUGAUGAGUCCGGUCCAAUUGAAGAACGCUGGCUUUUACAUCUGCAGGGUCAACUGUGGAGACACUUUUGAAUUCAGCCAGUGGGCUCAGGUGGACGUCCUGAACGUCACCGUGUCUGGCGGGCAGAGUUAUCUUUCCUUAGAGGGUCGGCUGAAGUUGGUGAUCCAGCCUCAGUCCCAGCGACUAAAUGUUGGGGAAAACCUGCAGCUGGAGUGUGGAGCAAUGGGACGGCCGAUCCCCCGAUACCAGUGGCACAGAAACGGAGUCCCGGUCCCCAACGGCACGAAGAGGAAACUCAUGAUCCCCCACUCGAUGCAGGAUCACCACGGCAGGUAUCGCUGUGAGAUCAGCAGCAGCACAGAGAGAAUGUGGACCAAUGAAGUCGACGUGGUAAUCGCACCGAGGAUAUCUGUCCAGGUUUCAGUGGCAAUGGAGUGCUCUGAAGAUGACGUUUACGCCAUUGGGGGAGUUUUAGGAUCCAGUGAUUUGUUUCUGAAUAGUAUUCCUGAACAACUUUAUGCGACUGACAAAGUGGCGCUGCUGAUCGGCAACCUGUCUUACCAGAACCACCCGCAGCUCAAAGCUCCCAUGGUGGACGUGUACGACCUCACCAACCUCCUGCGGCAGCUGAACUUCCAGGUGGUUUCACUGCUGGACCUCACCGAGUCGGAGAUGAGAAACGCCGUCGACGAGUUCCUGUUGCUGCUUCACAAGGGAGUCUAUGGUCUGCUGUACUACGCUGGUCACGGAUAUGAGAACUACGGGAACAGUUUCAUGGUGCCGGUAGACGCACCAAACCCGUACCGGUCGGCCAACUGUCUAUGUGUGCAGAGCAUCCUUAAACUGAUGCAGGAGAAGGAGACGGGCCUCAAUGUUUUCCUGCUGGACAUGUGCAGGAAGAGGAAUAUUCAUGAUGACAGCGCUCCAAACAUCGUCCUGAGGGUUACGGCCAACAUUGUCUUUGGAUACGCUACGUGCCAGGACGCCGAGGCCUUCGAGCUGAGCUCCAGCGGCUUCACCAACGGUGUGUUUGUCAAGUUUUUGAAGAAGCGGCUGCUGGAUGACGAGAAGAUCACCGUGGUGCUGGACAGAGUCGCUGAGGACAUGGGUCAGUUUGAUGCUACGAAGGGGAAGCAGGCCCUGGAGAUCCGCAGCAGUCUGUCAGAGAGGAGAGCGCUGACAGAUCCCAUCCAGCCCGGCGACAGCGUUGACCUCGUUCACGCUCGCAGCCUCCAGUGGGCGAAGGCUCACGAGCUUCCUGAGAGCAUGGUUCUCAACUUUGACUGCGGUGCUCAGAUCAAGUUGGGCUUCGCUGCCGAGUUCUCCAACGUGCUCGUCAUUUACACUCACAUCGUUAAGAAGCCCGAGGACAUGUCGCUCUGCCAGGCUCACGUCACCGACUUCUCACAGGACCUCGAUGUGGAUCCUAAAGAGAUGAACAGAGAGACUCCAGAGGAGACGGGGAUCUACCUUCUGUCCAGCAACCUGCCUCAGCACUGCCUUUACACCAGAGUCAGCUCACUGCAGAAGCUCAGGGAGGAGCUGGUCUUCACCGUGUGCCUUCAGGGCACCUUCACCGCCAUGGAUGACGAAUCCAUCCACUGGACCAAAAGCGUGAACAUCGGCAAGCCGCUGAUCGCCCGACUGGAUCUGAACCGGGCCAUGCGGCGAAACAGCUGCCUGCAGACCUGCCAUAUGCCCCACAGCCCGUCCCACAGCCCCUGCCACAGCCCCGGGCCCGAACACCACCUCCACCUCCAUCUCGGGUCGCACCAGGCCCAGGACCACAGCCGCCUGUCACCACAACACCACUACCUGGAUGUCUAUGAGCGUCAGGGUGCAGUGGGAGGCUGCAGGGAUUCCUACUACGACAACGUCAGCGAACAUCGCUAUGAACCCACGUAUGACUCCGCUGCUGGACUGUCAAGCUCACCGGGGAGGUUCAGCAUCCCCAUAGAGACCACGGACGACAUCAACGAGCUGCAGACUGUGUUCAUCAACAGUCUGCAGCUUCAGCAGCAGUGAAACGGCUGCUCACAUGAAAAGCUUUAAAAGUCCAACAUAUCUGGAAAACUGCUGCUCUUUUAAUAUGAUUUUUUAGCAUAUUAUAUUCUUCCAGUUAUAAGCAUUAGUUGCCUCAACAAGCUGUAUACUGACUUUUGUACCUAACUUUUAAAGAGUUUUGUAAAAGAAGAAUGAAAAAGUGUAUUUCAGUAAACUGCCAUAUUUGCACCA